AUCUGUACAUUUUUAUCUACGUGCCGCAGCACUGCAGCAGUACAUAUAUAGCAGCUUCAAUAAGAUACAUUAAGUUGAUCUUGAUUGUUGAUGUCAUCACUCAUCAACUAUACCAUACACUUUAUAAAAACACAAUUUUUUUUUUAAAUAAUAGUAUGAUAUUAUAGUUAAUUAGGUAAUUAACUCUAAUUAUUAUUAGUUAAUAAUCUCGUUAGCAUAAUAUUUAGUAAAUACUCAUUUUGUUUGCUGAUUUUAACGUUUCACUGACAGUAGUUGAAAAUUCUAUAUUUGUGUUUAAUUAAUGUCUAAAGAAGAGGUAUCUCAAUAUUUUAGUAAUAUUAUGGAAAAAGAGUCAGAUAUAAGUGCUAGUAUAGCAGCAAUCACUACACUAUUGAAAUUAUUGGAACAUGAUAAAUCUGAAACUGUACAAGAACUUGAUUUUAAUUUGCAAUCUGCAGUUGAAGUAAUUACAAAUAGCAGUUUCCGUGUUACUGGUGUAUCUUCUGGAUGUGCAUUAUUUAUGCGGUUUAUAACGUUUGCUAAGUUGGAUAAUAUUACUUUUGCGGAAUGUAAAAAAGUAAUGUUGGAUCGAGGAAAGGUAUUUUUGAAGAAACUUACUGAUGCAAGAAAUAAAGUUGCCAAAAUUACUCUUCCUUUCUUUGUUGAUGGCACUAAUAUCUUGACACAUUCAAAAUCUAGAGUAGUGUUAGAAGCCAUGAAAUUAGCAGUAAAUUCACAAAAAAGAUUUCAUGUUUUUGUAUCGGAAUCAUCUCCUGAUAAAAGCGGAAUUGAAAUGUACAAUUGUUUGAAGGCACUUGAUAUUCCUUGCACAUUGAUAUUAGAUUCUGCUGUUGGCUACAUCAUGGAAAGGGUCGAUAUGGUUAUGGUUGGAGCUGAAUGUGUCGUAGAGAGUGGUGGAAUCAUUAAUAAGAUUGGAAGUUGUACUAUGGCUAUUUGUGCUAAAGAAUUCAAAAAACCAUUUUAUGUGUUAACAGAAAGUUAUAAGUUCUCCCGAAUGUAUCCUCUGAAUCAGAAAGAUUUACCUAAUAAUUUCAAAUACACUGGAAACAAUUUAAAUGAUGAUAAUUUAUUAAGUGCUCACCCUUCGGUGGAUUAUACACACCCAUCAUACAUCAGCUUGCUUUUUACCGACCUUGGAAUAUUGAUGCCAUCAGCUGUAAGUGAUGAAUUAAUAAAACUCUACUUGUAAAUGUACAAUAUGCAUUUGAUAUGUUGAUUAAAUUAUGUUAAUA